AGGGCAGAGCGAAGGCGCCGUUUUCUUUCACCUGAAGCUGCGAGGAGGCUUGGCGCGCCUCUCCUAGCUAGGGGCCGAGCUCCCUGGACACGGGUCGAGUGUGGACGGGCCCGCCGGGCCCUCGGCAUGUCCUGGCCCAGUCCGCAGAGCGAGCACCCGCAGAUUGCAAGGGUUUAUGAGAGCGCGAGCCGAGCCGUCCGCCGUGCCCCCUAAGCUCGCUGGGAGGGGCAGGCCGGUCCCGGCUGUGCGGGGCGUUUACAAAAAGUGACUUGGAGAUGAACUCGCCCGUGCGCGACUGGCCGCCCCGCUAUAGGGGCGAAGACGCCUGACGCAAGCGGAACUUGGCGGAGCCCAUACGAAUCAGAACAGAGCGAGACUCUUGGCGCACUAGGGACUCCAGGAGGCAGCUCGGCCAGAGACGCGGGUCGUGCCUCGGGAAACCGGAGGGUGGGGGGAGGGGAAGAGCGCAGAAAAGAAAACCCACCGAGGCGGGGACUGGCCUGCGCGGGGAGGGGCGGCGGGGCCGGAGCCCCUCUCUGUUGGGCGGACUCCCCAUGGCCAGAGGCUGAGCUGCACUCCCGCCGGCCGCUCCCUAGGGGAAGGGAAAGAAGAGGGGAGAAGAGAGAGAGGCCACCAGCGAGCGAGCGAGCGCGGGCCGCAUCCGCACUCGGCAGAAGUUUGAGACUCGGCCGUGAGCGGACUUGUGCGCCCGGACUCUGCCGCGCCAGCGCCGGGGGAAAAGAGCAGGGCUGCCUGGCCGCAGCGCGCCGGCUUUGUCAUGAUGGCCAGCUACCCCGAGCCCGAGGACGCGGCGGGGGCCCUGCUGGCCCCGGAGCCCGGCCGCGCGGCCAAGGAGCCCGAGGCGCCGCCGCCGCCGAGCCCGGGCAAGGGCGGCGGCGGCGCCGGGACAGCCCCGGAGAAGCCGGACACGGCGCAGAAGCCCCCGUACUCGUACGUGGCGCUCAUCGCCAUGGCGAUCCGCGAGAGCGCCGAGAAGAGGCUCACGCUGUCCGGCAUCUACCAGUACAUUAUCGCCAAGUUCCCGUUCUACGAGAAGAACAAGAAGGGCUGGCAGAAUAGCAUCCGCCACAACCUCAGCCUCAACGAGUGCUUCAUCAAGGUGCCGCGGGAGGGCGGCGGCGAGCGCAAGGGCAACUACUGGACGCUGGACCCGGCCUGCGAGGACAUGUUCGAGAAGGGCAACUACCGGCGCCGCCGCCGCAUGAAGCGGCCCUUCCGGCCGCCGCCCGCGCACUUCCAGCCCGGCAAGGGGCUCUUUGGGGCCGGAGGCGCCGCGGGCGGCUGCGGUGUGGCGGGCGCGGGGGCCGACGGCUACGGCUACCUGGCGCCCCCCAAGUACCUGCAGUCCGGCUUCCUCAACAACUCGUGGCCGCUACCCGCCGCGCCCCCGGCGCCCGCGCCCACCAACGCGCCCGGCCUGCAGUUUGCCUGCGCCCGGCAGCCUGAGCUCGCCAUGAUGCAUUGCUCUUACUGGGACCACGACAGCAAGACCGGCGCGCUGCACUCGCGCCUCGAUCUCUGAGAGCCCAGCGCACGCCAGAUGCGAGGAGGCAGGGACGCGCGACGCCGGUCUUGGUCGCAGCCACCGCCGCCAGUCGGACCGCGCACCCGCUGGGGCCGCAUCCUGAGCCAGCGCCUACGGCUCCUCUGCGCCUCCUCGCUCCUCUCAGCUUCUCUCGCUCCUCUUUGUCUCCUCCGCGUCUCCUCCUGUGCUCGCCUCCCUGCCCUCCACGCCCUUUUGCUCCUCCGGCCUGCAGGCCGCCUCUCCGCGCGCUUUUGGAAGGCCUCGUCUCUUCCCGG